AGAUAAGCUGCCACCAUGAGUACGGACGCAGAAAUGGCCGUAUAUGGCAAAGCUGCCAUUUACCUUCGUAAGCCAGAGAAGGAGAGAAUUGAGGCUCAAAACAAACCUUUUGAUGCCAAGACUGCCUGCUAUGUGGCUGAUGCUAAAGAGCUGUACUUGAAGGCAACAAUCAUCAAGAAAGAUGGUGGCAAAGUCACUGUCAAGGUCCUGGACACUCAAGAGGAGAGGACAGUUAAAGAAGAUGACGUCUCACCCAUGAACCCUCCAAAGUUCGACAAAAUUGAGGACAUGGCCAUGAUGACCCAUCUCAAUGAAGCCUCUGUCCUGUAUAACCUCAAAGAGCGUUAUGCAGCAUGGAUGAUCUACACCUACUCUGGCUUGUUCUGUGCCACUGUGAACCCCUAUAAGUGGCUCCCAGUGUAUGAUUCUGAAGUUGUAAGUGCCUACAGAGGCAAGAAGAGAAUGGAGGCUCCACCCCACAUCUUCUCCGUCUCUGACAACGCUUUUCAGUUCAUGCUUACUGACAGGGAGAACCAGUCUGUCUUGAUCACCGGAGAAUCUGGUGCUGGAAAGACUGUGAACACCAAGCGUGUCAUCCAGUACUUUGCCACAAUCUCAACAGUUGGUGGAGACAAGAAGAAGGACACAGGAUCAGGCAAGAUGCAGGUACGUCAUAUAACAAGAAUCCUGGUACGGCGAAAUAUACAUCUAUUAGGACAGUCCCUUAACCAUAUUACCCCUUACCUUGCGUCACAGGGGUCACUGGAAGAUCAGAUCAUUGCAGCCAAUCCCCUGCUGGAGGCUUAUGGUAACGCCAAAACUGUGAGGAAUGACAACUCUUCACGUUUUGGUAAAUUCAUCAGAAUCCAUUUUGGCACAACUGGUAAACUGUCCAGUGCUGAUAUUGAGACAUAUCUGCUGGAGAAAUCUAGAGUGACUUUCCAGCUUCCUGAUGAAAGAGGCUACCACAUCUUCUACCAGAUGAUGACAAACCACAAACCCGAGCUGGUUGAAAUGUCACUCAUCACAACCAACCCCUACGACUUCCCCAUGAUCAGCCAGGGUCAAAUCACUGUGGCCAGUAUUGAUGACAAAGUUGAGCUGGAAGCCACUGAUAAUGCCAUUGAUAUCCUGGGCUUCACUGGUGAGGAAAAGAUGAGCAUCUACAAAAUGACAGGUGCUGUGAUCCACCAUGGUAACAUGAAAUUCAAGCAAAAGCAGCGUGAGGAGCAGGCUGAGCCUGAUGGCACAGAAGAGGCUGACAAGGUUGCUUACUUGCUGGGUCUGAACUCUGCUGAUAUGCUCAAGGCUCUGUGCUAUCCCAGAGUAAAGGUCGGAAAUGAGUAUGUCACCAAGGGACAGACUGUACCUCAGGUGUAUAACUCCGUCUCAGCUCUGGCCAAGUCUAUCUACGAGAGGAUGUUUUUGUGGAUGGUCAUCCGUAUCAACCAGAUGUUGGACACUAAGCAGCAAAGGAAUUUCUUCAUUGGUGUGCUGGAUAUUGCUGGCUUUGAAAUCUUUGAUUACAACAGCAUGGAACAGCUGUGCAUCAACUUCACCAACGAGAAACUGCAACAGUUCUUCAACCACCACAUGUUUGUGCUGGAACAAGAGGAGUACAAGAAGGAGGGUAUCAUUUGGGAGUUCAUUGACUUUGGCAUGGACUUGGCUGCCUGCAUUGAGCUGAUUGAAAAGCCCAUGGGUAUCUUCUCCAUCCUUGAAGAGGAGUGCAUGUUCCCCAAGGCCACUGACACAUCCUUUAAGAACAAGCUGUAUGACCAGCAUCUUGGCAAGGCAAAAGCCUUUGAGAAGCCAAAGCCAGCCAAGGGCAAGGCUGAGGCUCACUUCUCCCUGGUGCACUAUGCUGGUACUGUGGACUACAACAUCACCGGCUGGCUGGACAAAAACAAGGACCCACUGAACGAGUCUGUUGUGCAGCUGUACCAGAAGUCUUCUGUCAAACUGCUGUCUCAUCUGUAUCCCCCCGCUGCUGCUGAAGACACUGGAAAGAAGGGAGGCAAGAAGAAGGGUGGCUCUAUGCAGACAGUGUCUUCACAGUUUAGGGAGAAUUUGGGCAAGCUGAUGACUAACUUGAGGAGCACCCAUCCUCACUUUGUGCGUUGCCUCAUUCCCAAUGAAUCUAAGACCCCAGGUCUGAUGGAGAAUUUCCUGGUCAUCCACCAGCUCAGGUGUAAUGGUGUCCUGGAAGGUAUUAGAAUCUGCAGGAAAGGUUUCCCCAGCAGAAUCCUCUAUGGUGACUUCAAGCAGAGAUACAAGGUGCUGAAUGCCAGUGUUAUCCCUGAAGGCCAGUUCAUUGACAACAAGAAGGCUGCAGAGAAGCUGCUUGGGUCAAUUGAUAUUAAUCAUGAUGAGUACAGAUUUGGACACACCAAGGUGUUCUUCAAGGCUGGUCUGCUGGGUGUCCUUGAGGAGAUGAGAGAUGAAAAGCUUGCAUCUCUGGUCUCAAUGACUCAGGCUCUCUGCCGUGGUUACGUCAUGAGGAAGGAGUUUGUGAAGAUGAUGGAGAGGAGAGAUGCCAUCUUCACCAUCCAGUACAACAUCCGCUCAUUCAUGAAUGUCAAACACUGGCCAUGGAUGAAGGUGUACUAUAAGAUCAAGCCUCUGCUGAAGAGUGCUGAAACUGAGAAGGAGCUGCAGCAGAUGAAGGAGAACUAUGACAAGAUGACAAGUGAUUUGGCUGCUGCCCUGGCCAAGAAGAAGGAACUGGAGGAAAAGAUGGUGUCUCUUCUGCAGGAGAAAAACGACCUGCAGCUCCAAGUAGCAUCUGAAAGUGAGAACCUGUCAGAUGCUGAAGAGAGAUGUGAAGGCCUCAUCAAGAGCAAGAUUCAGCUUGAGGCUAAGCUCAAAGAGACAACUGAGAGACUGGAGGAUGAAGAAGAAAUCAAUGCUGAGCUUACUGCUAAAAAGAGGAAGCUGGAGGAUGAAUGCUCUGAGCUCAAGAAGGACAUUGAUGAUCUGGAGCUUACCUUGGCCAAAGUGGAAAAGGAGAAACAUGCCACUGAGAACAAGGUCAAGAACCUCACAGAGGAGAUGGCCUCUCAGGAUGAGAGUAUUGCUAAACUGACCAAGGAGAAGAAAGCCCUGCAGGAGGCUCAUCAACAAACCCUUGAUGACCUGCAGGCUGAGGAGGACAAAGUCAACACUCUGACCAAGGCCAAGACCAAGCUUGAGCAGCAAGUUGAUGAUCUUGAGGGUUCUCUGGAACAAGAGAAGAAAUUGAGAAUGGACCUCGAGAGAGCCAAGAGAAAGCUGGAGGGUGACCUGAAACUGGCGCAGGAAUCCAUUAUGGAUCUUGAGAAUGACAAACAGCAGUCUGAGGAGAAAAUCAAAAAGAAGGACUUUGAAAUUAGUCAGCUCCUUAGCAAGAUUGAGGAUGAGCAGUCACUGGGUGCUCAGCUUCAGAAGAAGAUCAAGGAGCUCCAGGCUCGUAUUGAGGAACUGGAGGAAGAGAUUGAGGCUGAACGUGCUGCUCGUGCCAAGGUUGAAAAGCAGAGGGCUGAUCUCUCCAGAGAACUUGAGGAGAUCAGUGAGAGGCUGGAGGAGGCUGGUGGUGCCACUGCUGCUCAGAUUGAGAUGAACAAGAAGCGUGAGGCUGAGUUCCAGAAGCUCCGUCGUGAUCUCGAGGAGGCCACUCUGCAGCAUGAAGCCACUGCAGCUGCACUUCGCAAGAAGCAGGCUGACAGCGUUGCUGAGCUGGGAGAGCAGAUCGACAACCUUCAGCGUGUCAAGCAGAAGCUUGAGAAGGAGAAGAGUGAAUACAAGAUGGAGAUUGAUGACCUCUCCAGCAACAUGGAGGCUGUUGCCAAAGCAAAGGGAAAUCUUGAAAAGCUGUGCCGCACUCUUGAGGACCAACUUAGCGAACUGAAGACAAAGAAUGAUGAAAAUGUUCGUCAAAUCAACGACCUAGGGGCACAGAAAGCUCGUCUCCUCACAGAGAAUGGUGAAUUCAGUCGUCAAACUGAAGAGAAAGAAGCUCUUGUCUCCCAGCUUACAAGAGGCAAACAAGCUUUCACACAGCAGAUUGAGGAGCUGAAGAGGCAAAUUGAAGAGGAGGUCAAGGCCAAGAAUGCUCUUGCCCAUGCAGUGCAAUCCGCCCGCCAUGACUGUGAUCUGCUGAGGGAGCAGUUUGAGGAGGAGCAGGAGGCCAAGGCUGAGCUGCAGCGUGGAAUGUCCAAGGCCAACAGUGAGGUGGCUCAGUGGAGAACCAAAUACGAAACUGAUGCUAUCCAGCGCACUGAGGAGCUUGAGGAGGCCAAGAAAAAGCUGGCUCAACGCCUUCAGGAAGCUGAGGAGCAGAUUGAAGCUGUGAACUCCAAGUGUGCCUCUCUGGAGAAAACCAAACAGAGGCUCCAGAGUGAGGUGGAGGAUCUCAUGAUUGAUGUGGAAAGGGCUAAUGGACUGGCUGCUAACCUCGACAAGAAACAGAGGAACUUUGACAAGGUGUUGGCAGAGUGGAAACAAAAGUAUGAGGAGGGUCAGGCAGAGCUUGAGGGUGCCCAGAAAGAGGCCCGAUCUCUCAGCACUGAGCUGUUUAAGAUGAAGAACUCUUAUGAGGAAGCUCUUGAUCAGCUUGAGACCAUGAAGCGUGAAAACAAGAAUCUGCAACAGGAGAUCUCAGAUCUGACUGAACAGAUUGGUGAGACUGGCAAGAGCAUCCAUGAGCUGGAGAAGGCCAAGAAGCAGGUGGAGACAGAAAAGGCUGAGAUCCAGACAGCUCUUGAAGAGGCUGAGGGAACUCUGGAACACGAAGAGUCUAAGAUCCUGCGUGUCCAGCUGGAGCUCAACCAAAUCAAGGGUGAGGUUGACAGGAAGCUGGCAGAGAAGGAUGAGGAGACUGAGCAGAUCAAGAGGAACAGCCAGAGAGUUAUUGACUCCAUGCAGAGCACUCUGGAUGCUGAAGUCAGGAGCAGGAAUGAUGCCCUGAGGAUCAAGAAGAAGAUGGAGGGAGAUCUGAACGAGAUGGAGAUUCAGCUGAGCCAUGCCAAUCGCCAGGCUUCUGAAUCCCAGAAGCAGUUGAGGAAUGUGCAGGCCCAGCUCAAGGAUGCUCAACUGCACCUUGAUGAUGCUGUCAGAGCCCAGGAUGACCUCAAGGAACAAGCUGCCAUGGUGGAGCGCAGAAACGCUCUCAUGUUGGCAGAAAUUGAAGAACUUAGAGCUGCUCUGGAACAAACUGAGAGAAGCCGCAAGAUCGCUGAGCAGGAGCUGGUAGACGCUAGUGAGCGUGUUGGUCUUCUGCACUCACAAAACACAAGUCUUCUGAACACUAAGAAGAAGCUUGAAUCAGACCUGGUACAGGUCCAGAGUGAAGUGGAUGACACUAUCCAGGAAGCAAGAAAUGCAGAGGAGAAGGCCAAGAAGGCUAUUACUGAUGCCGCUAUGAUGGCUGAGGAGUUGAAGAAAGAGCAGGACACAAGCGCUCACCUGGAGAGGAUGAAGAAGAACCUGGAGGUAGCUGUCAAGGACCUGCAGCACCGCCUGGAUGAGGCUGAGAAUCUGGCCAUGAAGGGUGGCAAGAAGCAGCUUCAGAAGCUUGAGUCCAGGGUGCGUGAACUGGAAACAGAAGUUGAAGCUGAGCAGAGACGUGGAGCCGAUGCUGUUAAGGGUGUCCGCAAAUAUGAGAGAAGAGUGAAGGAGCUCACCUAUCAGACUGAGGAGGACAAGAAGAACAUUAACAGGCUGCAGGAUCUGGUUGACAAGUUGCAGCUCAAGGUGAAGGCCUACAAGAGGCAGGCUGAGGAAGCGGAAGAGCAGGCCAACGUUCAUCUCUCCAAGUGCAGGAAGAUCCAGCAUGAGCUGGAGGAGGCUGAGGAGCGUGCUGACAUUGCAGAGUCCCAGGUCAACAAGCUGAGAGCAAAAAGCCGUGACAGUGGCAAGGGAAAAGAAGCAGCUGAGUAAAAACAGUCCAGGGGAUGAAUUGCCUUUAGUCAUAUAAUAUGAUGUGAAGUGUAAUUCAAUAAAAUAAUCUUUGACCUUAAA